UCCCUCCCUGUUUGGUGUUUGGGGCCUUCUGUGUCGCCACGGGCACAGCGCCGCUCACACCAUGGCUUGGGUCCCGAAUGCGCCACAGCCUCUCGAGAGACGUGGGUCCUCGGAGCCUCUUUAGUGCCGGAGGUCGGGCCGCAGGCGGCUCCGCGGCGGCGGAAAAACAGAACCUCUGGAAUGGAUGGACUCUUCCCAAGCAGCUUUGCUAACUUGCAGCAGCUGAGCAGUGUUCCUCAUUAAUAUCUGUCUGUCAGCAUAAUCGUCACAUCAUUUCACUCUGGUGGCAGGGACUCAGCUCUGAAUUCUGUAUAGAAAAAGCACCUGGAUCCCAGUCUUUCAAUGGCUUCGAGACAACCAGAAGUGCCUGCUCUUGAGCCUAGUGGGCCUCUAGGCAAGAUGUCCCUGCCCAUCGGGAUGUACCGCCGGGCAUUCAGCUAUGAUGAUGCCCUCGAGGACCCUACGCCCAUGACUCCUCCUCCAUCGGACAUGGGCAGCAUCCCCUGGAAGCCAGUGAUUCCAGAGCGCAAGUAUCAGCACCUCGCCAAGGUGGAGGAAGGAGAGGCCAGCGUCUCAUCCCGUGCCCUGCCAUCGGCCAUUGAUGGUGCGGACAAGGUUCCCGUGGUGAAGGCUAAAGCUACCCAUGUCAUCAUGAGUUCUCUGAUCACAAAACAGACCCAGGAGAGCAUUCAGCGUUUUGAGCAACAGGCAGGGCUGAGAGAUGCUGGCUACACACCCCACAAGGGCCUCACCACCGAGGAGACCAAGUACCUUCGAGUGGCAGAAGCACUCCACAAACUAAAGCUCCAGAGCGGAGAGAUAACAAGAGAGGAGAAGCAGCCGGCCUCCACCCAGUCCACCCCAAGCAGCAGCCCCCACUCGUCCCCUAAGCAGAAGCCCAGAGGCUGGUUCACUUCUGGUUCUUCCACAGCCUUACCUGGCCCCAAUCUUAGCACUAUGGAUUCUGGAAGCGGGGAAAAAGACAGAAGCUCGGCAGAUAAAUGGAGUGUCUUUGGACCAAGAUCCCUCCAGAAGUCUGAUUCGGGAGGUUUUGCCAUCCAGGCCUACAAAGGAGCCCAGAAGCCUUCUCCAAUGGAACUGAUUCGCACACAAGCCACCCGAAUGGCCGAGGAUCCAGCAGUGUUCAAGCCACCCAAAAUGGACAUCCCAGUGAUAGAAGGGAAGAAACAGCUGCCGCGGGCCCACAAUCUAAAACCGCGGGACUUGAAUGUUCUCACACCCACUGGCUUCUAGAGCUCUUUCUGUUCCAGGGACUCUGGAUAGAGGUGUCUUGAGCCCAGCUCCCCUUUACCUUGGCUCUGACAUAGGAAAAGUUUUGUCUUCUCUUUUUAAAAAACUCUCAAACUGAGGCUAGAGCUGGAGACAUAAUUGGAUUUUGAGAAACAUUAGUGCAAAGCUUGUCCUUGUGUGGAAGAAGCCAUUUUGUACUGCUUUAAUUUAAAGUUAGACUAAACCUCAGCAGUGAUGUAUGGGGACCUCAUUACCUAUUUUUGUAUCAUUUACCCUACACAAGAACUUUGAUUAUUACUUAAUAGGUAAAUAAUAUUUGUGUUGUUCCAAAACCAAGGCUUCUUGAUUCCUUUACCACUGUCCAUGUGCGCAUGGACAGAUCAUGGCGUAGAGGCAUUCACUGACUAGUUUAGACGACUUUGGCUCUUGGCUGUGCUGGCACUGUGUGCUCCAGCCUUGUCAGUUAUGGGGACCCAGGAUGUGUUUGAGAUCUGGGUGUAGUUAAGAGCCAGCCUUGGCAGGGAUCCCCUCUGUUUUCUGCUGAAACCAGAAUCUCUUUGCUUUUUUGUAGACCUCAUGGAUCACUUUGUCCUGCAGCCAGUUCUUACUGUAGGGAUGCUUCUCUUUUGUGUGUCACAGAACAAACACUAGCCUUACAUAUCCUUUGUUGCACUUUAAAGUGAGAUUAAUUUAACUCCCAUUUGGUUGAAAACUUCCGAAGGGAGAAAAUCCAGUCUACUGGUUUGGUAUAGAUAAAUGGAUGUUAAACUUUCUUAAA